AUGCAACAAGAUUCCGCAUCAUCCAAGCCUCUUCGCCAGCCGUCAUCGCUGGCCUGUAUGACCUGUCGUCGCCGUCAUCUAAAAUGUGACGCCCAGAUGCCAGUUUGUAGCCGCUGCCAGGCUUCCAACACAGAAUGUCGCUAUAUUCGAUCCAGGCGCGGGUUGCGAACAAAGAACGGCGAUCCUCAGCAGCAGCUGGAUGAUAAUGCCUCGCUGUUCUCGGCAAUCGAUCUGGAUGCUUUCCCAGACUGGCUCAGUGGGACAACUCUCAACUCGGAUCUUGUAGAUACAGGUCAAGCACUCUUCCAACCACUACUCGACACUUCCCAGACGUUAGACAUUCCCGGAUUGCCAGAGACUGCUCUUGCGUGGCCCGAACUAGAGAACGCCGUAACGCCAGAAGUUGCGUAUGAUCCGUUGAUUCAGCUCUAUUAUCAGAGUUUCCACCGCUCGCAUCCGCUCCUGAUCCCAAGAAAAGCACUUCACUCUCCCGUAUGCGGUGGAAUCCCCCAAUACAUCCUGUCCAUCAUGCGCUUCAUCGGAGCUCACCAGCACCCCGAUCCAUCCCUCAAAGAGAUCUUCCGCCAACCUGCCUAUACUGUGUUGUCCGACUCAACGCCUCGUGACGGGUUCAAGGUCCAGGGAAUGGUCCUUCUCGCCAUCGUUGAUCACGCACAUGGCGCUGAAGACAGUGCAACCCGUAUCAUGCAGGCUGCCGUUAACCUGGCGCUGGAACUGGGUAUGAACAAAGCCGCAUUCGCGGCGGAACAUUCUGGUGGAAAUCCCAUAUUGGAGGAGAGUUGGCGGCGGACUUAUUGGGAGCUGUACUUUGUGGACGGAUACUUGGCUGCGAUGCGUGAUCAGAGCGCGUUCCGACUGUUCCAUCAGGCUGCAGAAGUGAAGAUACCUUGCGAUGAAGAGCUUUAUAACUCCGGGGACGCGGUCACAUUAAGCAAUCUGACAUUCAAAGAUCUCACCAACAACUGGCACUGCGACGACGAAAGACGGUUCUCAUCAUUCGCAUACAGGAUCAAGGCCGUGCGCCUUCUCGGCAUGGUCAUGGAAUUGAAUCGAUCGCUGGAUAUUGACCUGGAGACUCGGAUCGAGACCAUCGACGCUGCCCUGGUGACAUCUUUGAUGCAACUUCCAUCGUCCCAGCGGGAUGUGUACGGCAGCCAUCCCCGCCUGGAUGAGAUGACCUUCCAAGCUCAAAUGACGAGCUACCUUGCGCUGAUUUACCUCCACCACCCUCGAUCGAACAUGAGGUACGCCUCUAUCCAUGCUCACACCUCAUGUACACGCCUACCGACAACCCGGGACACCACUCCUCCCUCCGCCUCCCUCGACCUGCAUUCGCAGAAGCUACUGCGAGCAGCAGAUAUGCUGUGUAAUCUAGCCACCCUGCCGAAUCCGGUCAAAUAUCGCACCCCGUUCUUCACCUGCGCCCUUGCCAUGUGUGUGGUAGUGCACACAGUUGCGUGCUUGUUUGUCCCCAUACCAGAGAAACAGGAGUCGAUGAAGGCGAGGAUCCAGCUUGGAGUUGGCGCGCUGCAUGUGCUGGGGAAGUCAUGGCCGCUGGCGAAGACGGUCAGGCAGCGGCUGAUCGCUAUGUAUCAGGAGCUGGGAUUGCGAUGCCAAUAA